AAAAUGGGCAAUUUGUUCUGCUGUGUGCAAGUUGAUCAAUCAACGGUUGCGAUUAAGGAGCAAUUUGGCAAGUAUCGGGAUGUGCUUGAGCCAGGGUGCCACUGUGUACCUUGGUUCCUUGGAAGCCAGUUGGCUGGUCAUCUCUCCCUCAGGGUGCAGCAACUAGAUGUGCGCUGUGAAACCAAAACUAAGGAUAACGUCUUUGUCAAUGUUGUUGCAUCAAUUCAGUAUCGUGCCCUGGCAGACAAAGCUAAUGAAGCAUUCUACAAGCUAAGUAACACUAAGGGUCAGAUUCAGGCAUAUGUUUUUGAUGUCAUAAGAGCGAGUGUUCCAAAACUCAAUCUUGAUGAUGUAUUUGAGCAAAAAAAUGAAAUUGCUAAGUCUGUUGAGGAGGAACUUGAGAAAGCUAUGUCUGCUUAUGGAUAUGAAAUUGUUCAGACCCUUAUAGUUGAUAUAGUACCAGAUGAGCAUGUAAAGAGAGCUAUGAAUGAAAUCAAUGCUGCUGCUCGUCUGAGGGUGGCUGCUAAUGAGAAGGCAGAGGCUGAGAAGAUUUUGCAAAUUAAGAGGGCUGAAGGGGAGGCUGAGUCUAAGUAUCUCUCGGGAUUAGGUAUUGCGCGACAACGUCAAGCCAUUGUGGAUGGUCUGAGAGACAGUGUGCUAGGAUUUUCAGUCAAUGUUCCUGGAACUACAGCAAAGGAUGUUAUGGACAUGGUCCUGGUAACCCAGUACUUCGACACCAUGAAAGAAAUUGGCGCUGCCAGCAAAUCAUCUGCUGUCUUCAUCCCCCACGGGCCUGGUGCCGUAAAAGAUGUGGCACAGCAGAUUCGUGAUGGACUUCUUCAGGCUUCUGUUGGGCAUUAAGUACUUAUUGCUCAUCAAUGUUAAUGGGUUUCAUAUCAAAGCAAACUGUUAAAAGUUUUAGUCUUUUCUUUCUUAAGUAUAUGGCGGUGAGUUGACUUUGUUAGAUAUUUGUGAAUCCCAGUGCUACCUAUGUUUAUAAAUGGUUUGGUAAGGUUUUGAAUA